AUGUCUUUCAUCUACAAUCGCCUUUUCCAGUUCUCUGCUAGGCGAUCCUUGUCCAGCCUUUCAUCAUUUUCACCUUUAAACGCUGUUUCAUGCCGUCCAUCGGUUUUCCAGGCCGCAGCUCCUAUGGCAGCGGAAAGAAGCAGCCAAGGCAGCUCCCCACUCUUUAGCGCGCUCUUCGGUUUUACUCAGAGAAGAUGGAAGAGCAGAGGUAAUACUUAUCAGCCAAGCACACUUAAAAGGAAGAGAAGGGUUGGGUUCCUGGCACGAGCCAAAAGCAAGCAGGGAUACAAAGUCCUAAAAAGGAGGAGAGAAAAGGGCAGGUGGUACCUCACGCAUUAG